UCAGGAGAUCGCCAGCCUCCGGCGCCUCCCCUCCGCCUUCAAACAUCCACGCCUGCGCACGAUCUGCGCGGAGGCACUCUUUCACAGGGCGUCCAGAAGGAUUUAUUUCUAACCCGCCGUCCCGAGGUAGGUGGAGGCUCAAGACUCUUCCUUUAAGACAGAGCCGCGGAACUCUGCUCCGAGUCAGCCCGGAACCACAAAUCGGGAGCACUGCGUUUCCUUGCAGCGACUUCCUCCGCAGCGACUACUUCCGCUCAGGGGCCUGGAAUGUCUGAAACCCUUCCGUACUAGCGACUGGAAAGGCGCUUCCGGUGUCUGUUGCCAAGGCGCCAGCCGGCCCGCGGGCCGAGAGGGUGACACUGUUGGCAUCGUCCUCUGACCCCUGGCCUGGGGGCGACAUGUCGGGGCUCAGCCACGAAGAGAUGGAGGGCUGCCGUAACCUGCUCGGCCUGCUGGACAAUGACGAGAUCAUGGCCCUGUGCGACACAGUCACCAACCGCCUGGUGCAGCCUGAGGACCGACAAGAUGCUAUUCAUGCAAUAUUAGUGUAUAGCCAAAGUGUAGAAGAACUUCUGAGGCGCAAAAAAGUCCACCGAGAAGUCAUAUUUAAGUACUUGGCAGCACAGGGGGUUGUUUUACCUCCAACUACUGAAAAACACAAUCUUAUUCAGCAUGCAAAAGAUUACUGGGAAAAACAGUCACCAAAACUGGAGGAAACACCAGAGCCAGUUACAAAGACAGAGGAUAUCCAACUCUUUCAACAGCAGGCAAAAGAAGAUAAAAAAGCUGAAAAAGUUGAUUUUCGUCGUCUAGGAAAAGAAUUCUGUCACUGGUUCUUUGAACUUCUUAAUUCUCAGAACCCUUUUCUGGGACCACCUCAAGAUGAGUGGGGGCCACAGCACUUCUGGCAUGAUGUCAAGCUUAGGUUUUAUUACAACACCUCAGAACAAAACGUGCUAGACUACCAUGGAGCAGAAAUUGUGAGCCUUCGUUUGCUGUCUCUAGUGAAAGAAGAAUUUCUUUUUCUCAACCCCAACCUUGAUUCCCAUGGCCUAAAGUGUGCUUCUUCUCCCCAUGGAUUAGUUAUGGUUGGAGUUGCAGGGACUGUUCACCGAGGAAAUGCUUGUUUGGGCAUAUUUGAACAAAUUUUUGGACUUAUCCGCUGUCCUUUUUUGGAAAAUACAUGGAAAAUCAAAUUUAUCAACUUGAGAAUUGUUGGAGAAAGUUCCCUUGCUCCUGGAAGGUCACUGAGACCAGCUGUUAGGUUUGAACAGAGUGAUCUGGAGGCCUUUUAUAAUAUCAUCACUUUGUGUGAUAACAGUGAAGUAAGACAGGCAUUGGAUAGUGGAACUGGAGACCAGGUUUUAUGUAGUGGAGAGGAGACACUGUUGAACAAAAGAGAACUGAAUUUGCCUAGCCCUCUAAGGCAUUGAACACAAUGCCAACCUAAAAUAUCUGCAGAACUCUUCCAAACACAACACUAGUAAUUUCUAAGUGGUUUCAGGUGGGAGGAUUGACACAUUUUAGCUGAAAUACCUUUCUGGACUGCAGACUAAUGUGAAUACUUGCCUAUUUCUACUUGAGUUGCAGCAAAUUUUCUGAGAACUUAUAGCAGUACAUCAAAUAAAUCCCACUUUAGAUGUUGUAGAUAAUUGUGUGCCUUAGAAACCAGGUAAUAUUUUCAUUUUAUUUAGUGAGUAUUCUUCUAAUAUCUGUACUUUCCAUGUGGCAAGGGUUAAUAAUGUUCAUGGCUUAUUGGAUAUUUUACAAAUGCAUCUCACUGAAGUAUUGUUUCCAAAAAAAUCAAAUAUUUUAGAGAUGUUUAAUGUAAACAUAAUAGUCUUAAUUAUAUAAAACGCAAAUAACAUAUGAGGAAAAAUCUAAUAACUUGGCCUUGGGAGAAAAAAUUUGCUGUCUCUUUUUUUAGAACUGAUUUUUAAAUUUCUCUGUUCUAGUCCAAGCAAAUACCUCAAAGUCUGCAACUUUUCUGAAUUAUUUUGGGCAAUAAUAAUUGCUGCUCUCAAAAUAGACAUUAUUACUUAGACUUCAGCUGACAGGUUUAUAGAACAUUUAUUAAAACAUACUAUAAGUGAAAAAUAUACUGCUAAAAUUUUAAAGAUAUGCUCAAUUCCUAGUGAACAAGUUGCUGUUAUUCCUCUUGAUUGAUCUUGGCAGAAGUGGCUCCUCCCAAACAACAACAAAGCCAUAUCUAACACAACAUGGCUAUGCAAGUAUGUGCGUAUAACCUAGCACCCCAACUUAAAGUUUUCACCUCAACUUUGGGUUACUAGGUUUGACUUACAAAGCUGACUUACCAGAUUAUUUAGUUGCUUCAAAUUCCUUAUCACCUAGCAACUGUUUGCUGAUCCUGGAUGUGAUUAGAAAUUUCAGUUUAUAAAAAGUACCAUUUGGAAAAAAAUUCUGGAAAAUGUCAUGAUGUAUUGUGUAUGCUAAAUUUUGCAUUUAACUCUGCUUGUGAUUAUCUAGGAAGAUUGAUUAUGGAUAUUGGAAGCAAGAAGUAAACAUGGAUCUUUUUUUUUCACCACACAAUGACAAAUCUUUAUUCGUCCUUGGGGUCUGGAGAAAGCCAAGCUCGCUGGUGCUUCUCUUAAAUAUGCAGUCAUCUUGAGCUUCUGCCCGUUCUCUCUCAAUCCGUUUCAGUUCAUCCAGUCUCUUCUUUUCCUCCACUGCCACCCUCCUCUCCUCUUCAGCCCAGGGUUUUAGGUAACUGUAGCGCUUGGCUUCAUAGGCCAUGCCGAGGAGGACCAGGGUGGAGGACCAGGGCGGAGUAUCAGCUGAGCUUCAUGAGCUGAGAGACCUGCACUGGGGGAGCCAUCUUUGAUCUUUUUUUUUUUUUUUUAAUGGCAUGUCUCUUAUGAAGAGUUUAAAUCAAUAUGUUCCAAAACAAGAACUUAAUAAAGGAGGGAAAUCCCUUUUGUCUGUG